AAAAAAAAAUAUUGGUUUGCUUCUUGAGAGAAAGCAAUGUUUAGCUAACUAGGUGCUUCAUGCAAGUCCUACAAUAUUUAAACUCACAUGAAUUCCUCCUGUUAUCUGGGAAGAACUCCCUUUCUGACCCAAAUACUCUAAAAUCUGAGGAAAGUACACAACAACUGUGGGAAAGCCAGUCUCUUCAAAUGAACAGCAAUGUAUUUUCGUUUAAAUUAAACCCGAAUGUUAACUAGAUUCAGGAAAGGAAAUGGCAGAGGAGAGUCUGUCGUUGAUAUAGAAUAUGCCUUCCUGCGUCGGCUCACAGACAAGUGAUGAAGUCCAACUCUGAAAUUUCAGGCAAUUUGUAUACCAAGCUCCUCCUUUUCUGCAGUCUUCUUUUCCAUUGGUAAAAUUCUUUUGCAGGGUCAUGUAGGGAUCCCACCCCUUCUCUGUGUUUUCACUCUGAAGCUCUACACAACUUUACACCUGAAUGAAUGCCAAACCUCUGUGGAUAUAUAAAGGGAAGCUUGAGGAGGAAUUUCACAGUUACAGUGCAGAAGCAGAGGCAAAAGAAUUAACCAGCUCUCCAGCCAAGCAAAUCCUCUACUCACCAUGCUUCCUCCUGCCAUUCAUUUCUAUCUCCUUCCCCUUGCAUGCAUCCUAAUGAAAAGCUGUUUGGCUUUUAAAAAUGAUGCCACAGAAAUCCUUUAUUCACAUGUGGUUAAACCUGUUCCAGCACACCCCAGCAGCAACAGCACGUUGAAUCAAGCCAGAAAUGGAGGCAGGCAUUUCAGUAACACUGGACUGGAUCGGAACACUCGGGUUCAAGUGGGUUGCCGGGAACUGCGUUCCACCAAAUACAUCUCUGAUGGCCAGUGCACCAGCAUCAGCCCUCUGAAGGAGCUGGUGUGUGCUGGCGAGUGCUUGCCCCUGUCAGUGCUCCCUAACUGGAUUGGAGGAGGCUAUGGAACAAAGUACUGGAGCAGGAGGAGCUCCCAGGAGUGGCGGUGCGUCAAUGACAAAACCCGUACCCAGAGAAUCCAGCUGCAGUGCCAAGAUGGCAGCACACGCACCUACAAAAUCACAGUAGUCACUGCCUGCAAGUGCAAGAGGUACACCCGGCAGCACAACGAGUCCAGUCACAACUUUGAGAGCAUGUCACCUGCCAAGCCAGUCCAGCAUCACAGAGAGCGGAAAAGAGCCAGCAAAUCCAGCAAGCACAGCAUGAGUUAGAACUCAGACUCCCAUAACUAGACUUACUAGUGUAACCAUCUGCUUUACAGAUUUGAUUGCUUGGAAGACUCAAGCCUGCCAUUGCUAUUUUCUCACUUGAAAGUAUAUGCUUUCUGCUUUGAUCAAACCCAGCAAGCUGUCUUAAGUACAGGACCUUCUUUGGGAAUAGUUUUUCCUUUUCAAGUUUUUCAAGAUGUAGGUAUAUCCGUGAAUGCAAUUUGCAUUUAAAUUCCACGUAUCCUGUAGUUUUAAUUCCUCAUUGUUCUUAAAAGACUGUUGAUACUAUAAACAUCAGUGAAUCAUUAUAUUUUAAAACAGAAAAGGGCUUCUCAGAUACCCUCCAUCUACUGGCCCAUCCCCUCUCCUAAACAAAACUCCUUCCAAACAGAAAGGUUAAAAAAAAAUUGUUGUCAUGAAUCUUCAUAACAUUUCAGAAAGGUGCUUUUUUGGUACUCUUCAUGGGAACAGUUUAGCAGCCAUGAGUGAUCUUCCUAUGAAAGAGAAUGAAAGACCUUGUGACAUUUCACUUCAAAAAUAAGCCCUGUAGCUCUUUACAGUCGCAUCGUAUGAAAUUAUACCCUGCAUGCUGACCCUCGCUUGGAAUGGAAUGCCAGAAAUGCAUGGCAGCGGCUAAUAAGUAAAGCUGAUUAACUAUUUAUUUGUCAAUGUUAUUAUUUAAUGAGCUUUCACAUGUGAUUUGUUUCAAAAUGUUAAUUUUUUAAUGUUUUGAAACUUUUUCAUGGACCUAAAUAUUUUCCUAUAUGAUUUGUGGUUGAUUAGAAAUAUGAAAAUACAUGUUGUAGAUAUGUAAAAUGAAUAUUUUAGUCUCCUUAUUACAUAUAUGUUCAUGGUGAAAUUUAUCAACUGUAUGGAUCUUUUUAAAUCAAUAAGAUGCUUUGUAAAGUUGAAAUACGUAAUACUUUCUUGUUUAAUCUGUGCAAUCAGAAGGUGUCUUGACCUUCAAUUCAACUGGUUUCUUUUAACAAAAAUAAACACUGCUAAAAGUUAUUGUUGUUGCCUCUAACAUGUAUAAAGGGUGCAAAAAUUGUAGAAUAAAUGUAUAAGGGUAAUUGCUAUUUUUUUUUCUAAGUCACGUUCAAGCUUUGACAGAAGUAUCAUUCUAAGAGAGGAGACAGAGGGAGACAGGGAGUCUAUCUCUUCAGUAAAUGGGAGGUUGCAAAAGUUGGGUGUCAAUCCAGCAAUAAGUAGUCAUGAGAAUAUCAAAUUUACAUACACCAGUGGAUGCCAAGUCUGCUGCUCAUUAUAAUCACCUGGGGGAGAUAUGAGACCCAAUGCCCAGGUUUUCAUCCACAUUACAUCAGAAUUUCUUGGGGUAGAGCUCAAAUAUCAGCAGGUUUUAAAGUUUUCCAGAUGAUCUCAAUGUACAGCUAAAUUUGAGAAAGGAAAGAAUUGUGAAGAAAUCAAUAUCUUAUCUUGGAGAACACUGAAUACUAUUGUAUGGCCCACAAACCAAAAACAUGAAAUAAAAACAAAGGAAACAAAAGCUAAUUUUUGAGUGUUUUCAAUUUUGGCAUGUUGUUAUAUUGAGCAACAUAGUGUCUUGAAGCAGAUUAUACAGUUGAAGGACUAGUGUCAAUUCAAUCAAAUGAUUGAUUUCAUCACUCCAAAUGAAGAAAACCAAAGAGGCUCAUGAUGUAUUGGUAAUAUUUUCUGGGUUUUCCCUUUUGGGAUGCUGAGCACGAAAGACUCCUUAGUACUUUUUUUGUAGUAGAUUGUUGUUUUUGUAAUCACUAGUCUGAAAAUCACAUGUAAAUUACAUAUAGUAUAGUAAGCUAAACAAGGACAUUAAUAUUGUUGCUUCCCUGUGAGAAGCAGA